AGAAGCCCCAGGACCACUUAUAAACAAAAUACCUGUACUCCUAGAUCCAGACAUUAUUUCUGACCUUUCCAAUUUCACUGCCCAGCGAAUGGAAGAUGACAUCCCCUUAUUUCUAUUAGGAGGGAAUCACUUAGUUUCUGCUUGUAAGAAGCUUCUACUAGAAGAACCAAACAACGACUUAUUUGACAGCUACAGGUUCUUCCAAGUGGAAGUGUUUAUUGAACUUACACCGGAAGAAGCCAAGCUGGUGGGAAAUAUUCAUAGUGCUAAGAAUCGUAUUAAAGAAUUGACUUUUCAGGACCAGGUGUUUCAAGCUGGGGGAAUCUUCUUGAGAGAUAGCAUUGGGGAUGAGUGGAAAGAGACCACGACCGUGGUUCUAUCCCAUUUACAGCAGAAAGUUUGCAAAAAAGACAGCCUUAAUGUCGUGUUCAGUGUGGCCUCAUACGACGAUUCCUGCUUUGCAGAGGUGGAGAGAAUGUUUGCCUUGUGGGGAAAAACUGAAUUCCCACCAAAGUUAUUUAAGGCACUCUUGGGGUUGACAUCAGAUGUUGUUCUACAACACCUGAUGAGAAUUCAAACACAGAAAGAUGUACACCUAAGAACGACCACAAUAAAGCUAGAGAAGAAAAGGGAAAUGCUAAGAAAAAUCUUCAUGGACAGAACUGGUUGCGCGACUUGGGAAGAGGCAGAGGACAACUUUGAGCCCUAUACCCACGAAGUUGACAAGUUUCUGGGAAAUUAA